UAUACCUACAUCUGCACAAUCAUCGAUCCUACAGAGAAGAAAACCGAAAGUUCUGGCAUGUACACGGGGACAGCAUUUAAGAGGAGCAUGGAAUCUCCUCCACUUGGGUUGAUUAACACUUGCAUACCAGGACCCAGAGUCGAGCCUGAUAUAAGUAUAACCAUUGAGGAAAUUGGUUACUUGAGCCCGGGGGUGGAAGUUAUGAUGCCAUUGAGCUGGGCAAGCAGACUGCUUGUGCAUUGGCUGAUGCCCAGAAGGUGUUGGGAGAUGAAACUACUCCAGAGUCAUUACUCUAAGGGGAAAUGCUUCACAAAAGAGCAACGAGAAAAGGAGAACAAACACACUCCAAACACUCCGGCAGAACAUCAUUCCCUUUCAGCUUCAAAUUUGAUGGUUGUGUCGAAAUUUCAUUAGGAGCUAUCUUAGCUUCUUUCCCCUCUGUGAAAUUUUAAUUCUCCUUUAAAAUCUAAUGAAUUUCUUUAACAUGUUUCGCUUAAGAUAUUCACUAUGGUAAUGAAUUUCAGCGAAUGUGGAACACCAGGUAAGGAAGGGUAUGAAAUUUUCAGGCAGUGGUGGUGUUGCAACUCCAUCAUCCUAUCUGUUGAGGAGUUGCAGGUGAUGAUAUUCAUGAUUUCACUGCAGCAAGUAUCCUACUAUCGCUGGACCUGUAAUUUUUUAUUAAUCUUUUAUUGUAAAAAUUCAUUCAUCUUACCAUCCCAAAAAAUAUAUAGUGUUCAUCUAGGAUCAAGGGUUUUGAGUUUUAACAUAUUCAUCUCUUACUGAGUGAACUUGGUUCAAUGAAAUAUUUUUGGUGUCUUUCCUAGUAGUAGUAAAAAAUCUGUAUGCAUUAACCAUAUUGAAACCAAAUGAU